AUGUCGAUUACUCGGCACCUCCCGCCUACUGCCUCUUGCGGCUGUCCUAUUGGCCGCUCGCCUCCAAAUUCCGCGAUUGGUGUUCAGGGAACGGCGGCAGCCUCCCAUUGGUCGGACGCCGCCGUCCGUCACGCCGCCGGCGGGAGGGGGCGGCCUCCUCCCCCCUCGUCGUCUUCCCAGCGGCUGGGCUCCCAGAGUGCUCCGCGGCGGUGUGGAGCGAGGCCUUGUUCCCGCGUUGAGCCGCCGCCGCCUCCUCAGCUUCUGCCUCCGCGCCAGAUAGCAGCCAAGAUUGGAGGCGACGCUGCUACAACAGUGAAUAACAGCACUCCUGAUUUUGGUUUUGGGGGCCAAAAGCGACAGUUGGAAGAUGGAGACCAACCUGAGAGCAAGAAGCUGGCCGCCCAGGGAGACUCAAUCAGUUCUCAGCUUGGACCCAUCCAUCCUCCCCCGAGGACUUCGAUGACAGAAGAGUACAGGGUCCCAGAUGGCAUGGUGGGACUGAUCAUUGGCAGAGGAGGUGAACAGAUUAACAAAAUACAGCAGGACUCAGGCUGCAAAGUACAGAUCUCGCCAGACAGUGGUGGCCUCCCUGAGCGCAGUGUGUCCCUCACAGGAGCCCCAGAGUCUGUCCAGAAAGCAAAGAUGAUGCUGGACGACAUCGUCUCUCGAGGUCGCGGUGGCCCCCCAGGGCAGUUCCAUGACAAUGCCAAUGGGGGCCAGAAUGGCACUGUGCAGGAGAUCAUGAUCCCUGCGGGGAAGGCCGGCCUGGUCAUUGGCAAGGGUGGGGAGACGAUCAAACAGCUACAGGAACGAGCUGGAGUGAAGAUGAUCUUAAUCCAGGAUGGCUCCCAGAACACCAAUGUGGACAAACCUCUCCGCAUCAUUGGCGACCCCUAUAAAGUACAACAAGCCUGUGAGAUGGUGAUGGACAUCCUGCGGGAGCGUGACCAAGGUGGCUUUGGGGACCGGAAUGAGUACGGAUCACGUAUUGGCGGAGGCAUUGAUGUGCCGGUGCCCAGGCAUUCAGUCGGGGUUGUCAUCGGCCGGAGUGGAGAGAUGAUCAAGAAGAUCCAGAAUGACGCUGGUGUACGGAUACAGUUCAAACAAGAUGACGGGACGGGUCCUGAGAAGAUCGCGCACAUCAUGGGGCCUCCAGACAGGUGUGAGCAUGCAGCCCGCAUCAUCAACGACCUCCUUCAGAGCCUCAGGAGUGGUCCUCCCGGCCCUCCCGGUGGUCCAGGCAUGCCCCCUGGAGGCCGGGGCCGGGGCAGAGGCCAGGGCAACUGGGGCCCCCCAGGCGGGGAGAUGACCUUCUCCAUCCCCACUCAUAAGUGCGGGCUGGUCAUCGGCCGAGGUGGCGAAAAUGUGAAAGCCAUAAACCAGCAGACAGGCGCCUUUGUGGAGAUCUCACGGCAGCUGCCGCCCAAUGGGGACCCCAACUUCAAGUUGUUCAUCAUCCGAGGCUCACCCCAGCAGAUUGACCACGCCAAGCAGCUCAUCGAGGAAAAGAUAGAGGGUCCUCUCUGCCCAGUUGGACCCGGGCCAGGGGGACCUGGCCCUGCUGGCCCAAUGGGGCCCUUCAACCCUGGACCCUUUAAUCAGGGCCCACCAGGGGCUCCUCCUCACGCCGGGGGCCCCCCUCCUCACCAGUACCCACCCCAGGGCUGGGGCAAUACCUAUCCCCAGUGGCAACCGCCUGCUCCUCAUGACCCAAAUAAAGCAGCCGCUGCCGCGGCAGACCCCAAUGCUGCCUGGGCUGCCUAUUACUCGCACUACUACCAGCAGCCCCCGGGCCCUGUGCCAGGACCUGCGCCAGCCCCUGCGGCUCCCCCAACUCAGGGGGAGCCUCCACAGCCCCCACCCACUGGCCAGUCAGACUACACCAAGGCCUGGGAGGAGUAUUACAAAAAGAUCGGCCAGCAGCCACAGCAACCCGGAGCACCCCCUCAGCAGGACUACACGAAGGCCUGGGAGGAGUACUACAAAAAGCAAGCUCAAGUGGCCACCGGAGGGGGUCCAGGUGCACCCCCUGGUUCCCAGCCAGACUACAGUGCCGCCUGGGCCGAAUAUUACAGGCAGCAGGCCGCUUACUACGGACAGACCCCUGGCCCCGGCGGCCCCCAGCCUCCGCCCACACAGCAGGGACAGCAGCAGGCAAGUGGGAACUGCCACCCUCCUCCUCCUCCUUUCUCCUUCCAACCCCCAGCCACCGUCCAUCCUGCCUUAGUGGGUAGCGCCGGCAACCCCUUCCCCUGCGGGGUGUGUCCCUGA